AUGUCCUACUAUCGAUGUUUGUCAACAUUAGGCAAAGCUGUCAAGAAAAACUCGCAAGAACAUACUUUUUCAGAAGUUGUGAAAAAAUUAUCGCGAUUUUCCUCGCAUGAUGAAUUGAUUGAAUAUUCUCAACGUCCGAUUGACCAUUGUUAUGGAAAUCGUAUGAUAGAAGCAUGUUCGCCACACCAUUCGACGCCGAUCUGUUUGAUAAAAACUGCAGCUGACCUUCAUGAACAAUUACUAGUACGUGUAGCACAUUGUAUUUGUCAUUUUCAGUAUUUACCGUUUCUACCGGCUGCAAAUCCAAUUUUGUUGUCCAUAAACGAACGGUACUGGAAGUUAUUCGAGAAAUUAGCACACUUUUCGACGAUCAAAAGUGAGGCGGACGAAGAGAAUUUCUUUGAGUUGAUAAAUUUGUUCAAAAUUCAAAAUAAUGAUAUCAUUGGACAAUUAUCGAGUGGAUGUCGAGAAGCAGCGAAAUAUUUCAAGACUUACGAUAUUAUGAAAACAUUCCUUGACAAUGUUUUACAAACUCGUCUGUCAAUGCGUUUGCUUUCUGAACACUAUCGCGAAUUGCACAAACAACAAAAGGAACAGAAACCAAAUGAUCAAUGGCGAGGUGCGAUUUGUAUGAACUUUUCACCUGCGAAACUCGUUCAGCAAUGUAUUGCCGAUGUUUCAUCAGUCUGCUUUGAAACUUAUGGUGUUGUACCCCCAGUUCAUGUUGAAAACCAUCUGCAUCAGCCCAUUCCAUAUUUUCCUGAUAUAGUUGAGUAUAUCGUCCGCGAAUUAUUGAAAAACUCGAUGCGGGCUCUGAUCAUCGACAAGAUCCUUUGUGAUCGUGGUGGUGGGGUCGAUGAACCGAUAGAGAAUAUAUUUCAAUACCAGUUUACUGGUGAGAUAGCGAAGGAAGAAAAAGAACAUAAUUCAACUUAUUUCCCUUAUUCCUUCCACGAUCCCACAAUUCAAUUUUCAAAGCGAAUGUAUGGCUAUGGGUUUGGUCUUCCCAUUUGCUCAUUGUAUGCUCAGUUUUUCGGUGGGUCUUUAACAUUGGCACAAGUACCACGAAUUGGUACUGAUGUUUACCUUCGUCUCGGUUUUAUACAUACAGAUUCUGAACGUAUCAAGAUCUAA